AUGAAUUUAUCAAGAAGAUUCAGUAUUCUUGCAAGCUCUCUUCCAAUAUCUUCAUUCAUCCCAUCAGCUCCCCCUUCAAUAGCUCCUAUAUCUCAAACACUUUUGCCUCACAUCGAUCUAGUCAAUUCCAUUAAAUCAUCUCCAGCUGAUAUAAUUCACCAAAUAAAGCGUCUACCUCAAUUUGAUUCCUCGACUAUCUAUCAUGAUAAUCAUCAAGUCGAGCUCGCAACACUGCUUCAUGCGAUGAUAGUUUCAGCUUACUACUGGCACUCAGACCCUCCACUACCCCGUAUUCCCUCAAAUAUUGCGAUCCCUUUUUGCGAUCUUAACAAACAUCUGAGCCGUGCUCCUGUCCUUACAAUAAUUUCAACUCAAUUUUACAACUGAAAAUUAAAAGACGAAUCUAAACCUUUUCACCCCAAUAAUAUUGAAGCUUUAUUCACUUUUUCAGGCACAGAAGAUGAAGUUCAGUUUUAUCACUGUGCAACUUAUAUCGAAUAUUUAGGAAAUUCUAUUAUUAAUGCCAUUCCAAGUCUUUAUAAUGGAGCUCUAGCAAAAAAUGAAAUCGAGGUCAAAAAUUCGUUAAAAAUUUUUGCUAAAACUUUAAAAGAAGCCAAAAAAGCUUUGGGGUUGGUGUAUCUUAAUCUUAAAUAACAGAUGGGCUUGGCUGGAUUGGUUUCGCAGUCUCCAAGGACUCUCUAGAGGGUUCAUCCGCUUUGUGACAUCUCUGCUGGACACUUGAUCGGCCGAUUAUGGCUUCUGGCAAGAAAAGUAUCAAAUCACCUUCUCCUUAUCGAUCCCUGAUUUCACAGGAUCCCCAGAGUUUUGCGCUGAGAACGCCUUCUCCUUGCCCUUUGGGUUUCAGUAUUGAGUGAGCGGACUAUGGACUUUUGCGGCACUGCAUAGGGUGAUUGGGAAAAUAGCUUAAUCCAGGGAAUAAAGCCUGCAUACUGACGGGUGCUGUUGCCUGCCCUCAUCAGUUACAGGAGAACCCCUAAUCUCUGGCCCAAACUGCAACCCUUAGUAUCACGAUGAGUUUCACUUUCGGUCCCGAAGGAUGUUGCCAGUUUGACUCUUUCUAGCCACAAGAAUUAAGAUUAAACCUACCCAGGUAUACAUAAAUCCAUAUCAGACCUGAAUUUCGACUGGCUUCUCACCCAGUUCGCCUUGGCCAUAAGGCUGAGGAAGCUGCUUAAAGAGUUAGGUGCGGUUAGGUUGGCAUUUUUAUGUAUAUAGGGUUUGUUUAUCAGAAGGUGGAUCCAAAUGUAUUUUAUUUCGGAUUUAGGAAAUAUUUGAAAUCUUUUGAUGGAGGGGUGAUAUAUGAAGGAGUCUCGGAUACCCCUCAGAAGUUAAUGGGGCCAACUGCAGCUCAAAGCCCUUUAAUGAGGCUUGUGGACACUAUUUUUGAUUUAAAUAGUAAUAAUGAGUUUUUAUUGCGAAUCCCAAUGUACAUGCAAAAAGAGCACAGAGACUUAGUAGCAUUUGCUGAAAGAAAUAGGCCAAAUAACUUAAGAGAAGCUGCUAUAAGUUUAAAUGCAAGUGACGAGUGGAAUUCUGCGAUUGGCGAGCUAUGCAAUUUCCGAUCCGCCCAUUCAAAGCUCGCCUAUAAUUACAUUAUAAAGCCAAGUCAAGGAGGUGAAAGCAAAGGCACUGGUGGUUCCUCUCUCGAAGCCUUCCUCAGUGCAUUGAUAGAAAAUACCAAAAAACUAAUGAUUUCUAAGUAG